AUGGCGAUCGCGCUGACCGACGCGCAGGUGCGCUCGCUGCGCGCGAGGUUCGACGCGCACGACGCCACUCCGCAGGCGCACUCGUCGACGUGGAGCCGACGGCUCUACGCGCCGUUCUUCAUCGACGCGCCGGAGAUGGCCGACGUGAAGCGGGCCAUCACGCGAGCGCACCCGCGCCACGUCGUGGCCUUCGACAUCGUGUUCGAAUCGCGCGGCAACGAGACGGCGUGGCACACCGACUACGAGAGCCUCGGUCCGUUCGUCGUUCGCGACGCCCUCGUCGCCAUGCGCGACCGACACUUCGUGUCCGUGCACUUCAACCUGACGAAGGACGGGGGUGCCCUCGUGACGUGCGAAAGGGCGCCGAUGUGGUUGGAUUGGCUCACGUAUCGGUGCAUCGUCGCGUUCGGCAUAUACUCGACAGCGCACAGACUGCUGACCCGCAUCGCCGGUCCGUUCCUCGCGGCGUUCGCGUCCCACGCACCCAACGCCGUCGGCGCAGGCAACUCCUUCGACAACAUGCGUCUGCACAAAGUCACCGCUGGCGCGCCGAGAAUCUCUUACGUCGUUCGCCUGGCGCAUAAAGACGCGCUCAUCUCGCGAGAGGCGGUGCGACGGGGCGUCGAACGGUCCGCCGCGUGCGCGGCGCUGGGCUUCCUGAGCGAGACGCUGCCGGACGAGCGCGAGCAUCGCGUCGGGGACCUCGAUUGGAGCGGGGAAGCUCGGGAGGCGAGCGCGAGGAAAGGCGCGACGACGGCGACGGUUACCACGGCGGCCGGGGCGGACGCUAAAUCCGCGCGCGUGAGCUGACGCGGCGCGAUGACCCCGCUGUGUUAACAUCAUAGUAUGUAUGUUUUUAAAAGUCCGCGGGCCGCGCGCG